AUGGAGGCCGCAGCACGUACAGCUUGGGAGCUGGACAACAAUGUCCAGCUGGUCGACGCCAAGCGAGAUGCGCUAUACAACUUCAACGCCGAGGCCCAAAAGGCCGUGGUAGCUGCUCAAGCGUGGAGGGCAGACCCCAACUACUUCAAAUACGUGAGGAUCAGCGCCGUUGCCUUGAUUAAGAUGACGAUGCACGCUCGAUCUGGAGGAUCACUUGAAGUCAUGGGCCUGAUGCAGGGCCACAUCGAUGGAGAGACCUUUGUGGUGACGGACGCUUUCCGACUGCCUGUCGAAGGAACCGAGACGCGAGUCAACGCACAGAAUGAAGCGAACGAAUAUCUGAUUGAAUACUUGGACCUGUGCCGCAAACAGGGCAGAGAAGAGAACGUCGUUGGAUGGUAUCACAGCCACCCGGGAUACGGUUGCUGGCUCAGCGGCAUUGACGUUGAGACGGAGGCAUUACAGCAGCAGUUCCAGGAUCCGUUCUUGGCGGUGGUGAUCGACCCGGAUCGCACCAUCAGCGCCGGCAAGGUCGAGAUUGGAGCAUUCCGAACCUAUCCUGCGCAUCACAAGGCCGACGCCGGGGGGCAGACGUCUGACGGGUUCCAAGCAAUCCCUCUUGACAAGGCUGCCGAGUUUGGCGCCCACUCAAGUCGAUACUACAGCCUCGAAGUUUCGCACUUCAAGAGCUCCCUGGACUCGCACCUCCUGGAGCUCAUGUGGCACAAAUACUGGGUGCAGACGCUUAGCCAGGACCCGCUGCUGACAAACCGCGACUACGGCAACAAGCAAAUGCUGGAUUUGAGCUCCAAGAUUAAAGAGGCCACCUCCAGCAUUAUGCGCUCGAGAGUUGCGUCUGCGAUGAUGCCUGGCGCAAGAGCGUCGGAUAAAGCGGUGGAAAAGCUUGCUCAGGAUGCGAACUUGGUUGCGACUAAGGAGAUGUCUGGGCUGAUGGCGGCUCAGAUUAAGGCAAAAGUCUUUAAUGAUCUGGGCACUGCAUCAAGAACAGCACCGACUGGUGAGGAAGCCAGUUGA